CAGGGCGCGUGACGUCAUCAAGCCGCGCCAAACAAAGCUCCAUGUGCAAGAGCAGAAAACAACGGAGCGAAGAAAGUUCGUCGUUUGUGGUGGGAAAAGUGUAAAAACAUAAGUGUGUGGAGCUGAAGCUGAACAUUAAGAGGCUUUGUCGGAUUUUAAGAUAUAAUAUUAAAGUUCCUGCGAGAUUUCAGAGGAGACGAAGAAGAAAGAAAAGAGACGAAGAGGAAGAGGAAAUCCCGGCGUUUAAAGUUUAAAGAGCUGGAGGAGAACGUGUGAUUUAAAGGAUGCAUCUUUGUGCCGCUGCCGUGUGAAGAAGAGCGACGGAGGAAACGGGAGCGAGGAAAAAGAUGGAGGAAGAGUACAGAGAGAGGAGGGCGGAGGAAGAGGAGGAAGAGGAGGAGGAGGAGGAGACGAUAGAUGGACAGGAGGAGACGGAAAGAGGAGAGAAGGACCAAACACUACAAACUCCAUCCAGGAGAGGAGAAGAAGAAAAUGAGGAGGAGGAGGAGAUGGACAUGAUGAAGACAGGCGCCAAACACAAAGCACGGAGGGAUCUGAUUGGAGGACACACACCGAUCUCCACCUCCUCUCCUCUCCUCUCCACAGGAAGAGGAGGCGAGGAGGACGGAGAGGAAGACGACGAGGUCAGAGUUGCCAUAGUGACCAUCGAGGACGAGUCCUGUCCGUCCGAGCCUUUCGGCACCGCCCACCUGGAGACGGCCAAUCAGAUCACACGGAUUGAAAACCACAAAAAGGAGGUUGAAGGAGGAGUGGAGGAGGAGGAGAAGGAAGAGGAGGAGGAGGCAAACAGUGAUGGAGGAGAGGAGGAGAGCGCAGAGGUGACGUCACCAUCGCUUCACCUGCAGAGUCAGAUGAAGAGGAAGUUGGAUCACGGCCCGGACGGCCGGCCGUUCCCUUCAGGGAAGAAGCACUGCAAAGGAAACGGAUACCUCAGUCCUUCCUGUCUGGUUCAGGCCCCGCCCACCACAUUUGGUGACCUGCGGCUGGCCAAUGGGCAUUCAGCUCAGCGGCGGCGCGUCACCUCGGGCCCGCCCCCCUCUGGUCUGCAGGACUGGCUACACAUCUUCCAGACGUGGAGCGGUCCCGAGAGGCUAUUGGCUCUGGACGAGUUGAUUGACAGGUGCGAGACCAGCCAGGUGAAGCACAUGAUGCAGGUGAUCGAGCCGCAGUUCCAGAGAGACUUCAUCUCCCUGCUGCCCAAAGAGCUGGCUCUGUACGUGCUCACCUUCCUGGCUCCCAGAGACCUGCUGCAGGCGGCUCAGACCUGCAGGUACUGGAGGAUCCUGGCUGAAGACAACCUGCUGUGGAGGGAGAAGUGCCGCGAGGAAGGUGUGUCAGAGUCGGCGUCAUCUCGUCGCAGGAAGUGUGCGCGGCCCGGUGUGGCGGUCAGUCCGUGGAAAUCAGCCUACAUCAGACAGCAUCGUAUAGAGAACAACUGGAGGAAGGGCGACACACGAGAACCUCUGGUGCUGAAAGGUCACGACGAUCAUGUGAUCACGUGUCUCCAGUUCAGCGGCGACCUGAUCGUCAGCGGCUCCGACGACAACACGCUCAAAGUCUGGUCGGCCAUUACUGGGAAGUGCCUGCGGACGCUGACGGGUCACAGCGGCGGCGUGUGGUGCAGUCAGAUGUUGGUCGCCACGGUGAUCAGCGGCUCCACCGACCGGACGCUGCGUGUGUGGGACGCUGAGAGCGGCGAGUGCGUGCACACGCUGUACGGACACACGUCCACCGUGCGCUGCAUGCAUCUCCACGGCAACCGGGUGGUGUCGGGCUCUCGGGACACGACGCUGCGUGUGUGGGACGUGUCGACGGGCCGCUGCGAGCACGUGCUGACGGGUCACGUGGCGGCGGUGCGCUGCGUCCAGUACGACGGGCGCCGUGUGGUGUCGGGCGGCUACGACUACAUGGUGAAGGUGUGGGACCCCGAGACGGAGGCGUGUCUGCACACGCUGCAGGGACACACCAACAGAGUGUACUCGCUGCAGUUUGACGGUGCGUUCGUGGUCAGCGGCUCGUUGGACACGUCGAUCAGAGUCUGGGACGCAGAGACAGGUGGGUGUGUCCACACGCUGACCGGCCACCAAUCACUGACCAGCGGGAUGGAGCUGCGCGACAACAUCCUGGUGUCCGGGAACGCCGACUCCACGGUGCGAGUGUGGGACGUCCGGACGGGACAGUGUCUCCACACACUGCAAGGUCCCAACAAGCACCAGUCGGCGGUGACGUGCCUGCAGUUCUGCAGAGGUCUGGUUCUGUCCAGCUCCGACGACGGGACGGUCAAACUGUGGGACCUGAAGACGGGAGCCUGGCUGCGAGACGUGGUGGCGCUGCAGAGCCGAGGAUCAGGUGGCGUCGUGUGGCGAAUCAGAGCGUCCGACACUCGGCUGGUUUGCGCCGCCGGCAGCAGGAACGGGACGGAGGAAACCAAACUGUUGGUUCUGGACUUCGACCUGGACGACAGGAAGAAGGAGACGGACUGAGGAGGAGGAGGAGGAGCGACGACGAUGCCAUGAAGAAGAUUUGGACGUGUUUUUUUUUUUUUUUUUUUAAAAGAAACUAGACUUUUUUUUAAGACCAAAGUCACCGCUGACGAGACGGUUAUGAAUGUGGCGUCCUGAUUGGCCGGCAGACUGACGGACGCGUUGAGAGGACGGACGGACACAAAGGAUUUUAAACUUUCAAAAUUAAAAAAACAGUUUGAAACGCCAAAAUGACACAACAAUCACGUCGGAAAACAAAACGGCGACUAAUGAAUGUUUUUGACGCUUAUCGCCGGGCAGAAAACGUGGAUGUAAAUGGUUUCUAUGACAACGGGAGAAUGUUUGAUGGACAAACGAACGAUGGAUUUAAGAGUCGGCGAUGAGGAUAAAGUUUGAAUGUAACCGGAUCCGACCGGCGGCGAUGGAGGGCAUUUGACUUUUUACUGCUGCUGAACCAAUGAGGAUCGUCGCCGUUUGAACGAACCAAUCAGAACGCGCCAAAAUCAUCGUGAAGGCCGGAGACACACGGGGCGACUUCCUGAGGCAGCACGGACGUCGUUUCCAUCGUCUGCGUCGCCGCUCGAUGUUCCUCGUGUGUCUCGGCCGUGAUGUAACAGACGAGGUGUUCGAAAGCCGCCGCAGGAAAGCGGCUCCUGAACGCAUCACGCAGUGUAAAUCAGUAUAAUGCCGCCGCAGCCUCUCAUCUGCCAGAGUCACAAUUAAACCCUCGCUUUCAUUCCCGCUCCACCGCCGGCUCCUCUUAAAGUUUAAAGUCUCUGAAGGCUGGGGAGGAUUAUUGUUAGCUGCUGCUCACCUCUAUAAACACUUUACAAGCUCCCUGAACGUUAAAUCACUCGCAGAUCUGCACGUUUUAACGACCUGUGGUGCAGGAAAGUGCAGGAAAACUCCAACUCAAGACCUUUUUGUAAUACAAGACAGUUUGAAAUGUCACAGAUGCAUUUAGAUGCUUCAGUUUCAGGGUCCUGGUCACUGACUUUGUUCACUGGGACACUGAAAUAUUAAUGUAAAGCAACACUUGUUUUAUUUCUAACUGUUAAAGGUUGAAAAAAUGCAGCAGUUGAUCAGAUUUGUAGCUUUAAUGAACACUAAAUCCAGAUCCUGUGCUUUUAUUUUGAAAUCUAGUAGUUAGUCCUGCAGUAGAGAAGUCACUCAAAUGAAAAUCAAGAAUUUGUUAGAAAAUGAACCAAAUUCACCCUGAAACGUGCUUUUUACGUGAAUUAGACUCAUGAACUCACUUUUUUCACUGAUUUCUGUAACUUGUUGCUCAUAAUUUAACCAAAAGUGCAAAAUAAUCCGCCAACGUUAAGUUUCAAGGAAGCAAAUAAAAGCUGUUAAAUCUUAAAUCGAAUCACUACUGAAUACUUAAAUGUUGAAAUCAAAAUACAAGUGAAUUUCUGACAUGUUGAGAUCAUUAAAGGAUCAUUUCAGGUUUUUAUAUUCACAAAAUUCUGGUUAUAAUCUAAAAAAAUGGAAACCAUCAACUCAUAAUUAACUUUGGCCUCUCUGAGCUUCCGUAGACCUGAUUAAAGACUCACUCCUCAUUUUAUAAAACAUUAAGAAAAAACCCACAUCAUUAACUUUGGCCGCUCUGUGUUUCCAUAACAACCUGAACCUCUACACAGUGUUUUUUACUCAGCUUAUCAAAUAUUAAAGUAAGAAAAGAUAAAUAAUUUAAAACGACUCCCUUCACCAGAUAUUAAUCCCAUACGCUGCGGUUGCCAGGCAACACCUCCAGCCAAUGAGCAGAGAUGCGGUUGAUAGUUUCCCCCGGCAACAACAAGUGGUGUGUAUGUGUGUGUGUGUGUGUAAGAAGUUGUGACCUGCUGCAGGUGUGAGGCUGCGGAGAGGCGGCGCUGUCCUCGUGAUGUCAUCAUGUAACAUACUGUAAAUACGAGAAGAGGAUGUAAAUAUUCAGCUUUUUAUAUAAAAAAAAGAACAAACCAGAGAACAUAUUGUGGAGGGUGGGAAGAGACGAGGACGGAUCAAUAAAGAUGAGUUUUAUAAAGC